ACAAGACAAAUACUAAUUUCACAAUGGCUAGUACUUGGAUAUAAACCCCGUGUAUUAAACUUAUUAAAGCACAGGUUUGACCGUAAGCUAAGCACAAGGACUAUGUAGUUUCUUCAAGAAAUGCAAAAACCUUAUUGUUUUCUUUCUUUGACCCGUUUAUCAGUACUGUUAACCCAGCUCACUUCAGGAAGCUGAGAAACACAAGUCUGCAAUUAGUCAGGGAUGGGGAGAUCUGUGUUUCAAUCCAUUCGUUAGCGUCAAGUUUCUGCUCCCUGUGAGUUGGUAUAACAUUUCCUCAUAAAUAAUUGACCAGAGCCGCAUGUUGAUGAGUCUCCUUAGUUCCGAGCGCAUUCACUUGCAUGCAGAAGCAAAAUACAUCACAUCAAAACUAUAGAUUCAGGUCAAAAUUUGGAGAUUCUGCUCUAAAUUAAAUUAUGACUCUGAGGGCCAGUUCUCAUGGGGAGCUCCAGGCUCUCAGUUUAUUGAAGAGCCCUGCUUCAGACAGCGGUCUCUUUAAAUCUCUUUCUCACAGCACCAAUAAUAUUGGCAACCGCUUUCAGAGCAUCGAGGAGCUUAAGGGAGUUUUGAAGCCCACACACCCUCCUCGAAGACCCGUGCGUGCGGUCCGACCUGUCAGUGCUCUGAGCGCUAGUGGCUCUUCUUUGCAAAUCAACCACCUGCAGGGGGAACUGGUGAGGAAGAGGAAGGAAUGUGAAGACCUAAAAAAGGAGAAUAAAUACCUCUCUAACGAAAUAUACAUGGAAAGGAUCAUGAUGAGAACUGAGAACGAGCUCACCAUGAGGAACCUGCGGAACCUCAACCAGGAACUCCAGGCCCAAGUUAAAGAGUUAAAACAGAAGCUACAUCUCAGCCAGCAGAGGGCGACACUGUGCUCCAGGGCAGCUGAGGAUGCUGACAGAACCCGAGCAGAGGCGGAUAAAAAUAGAGCUCUAGCAGAAGCCUGGGCACUGGACAACCGGCAGGAGAAAGAUUUUGUGAUAUCUGAAAAAACGAGGCUCAGUGAGGAGCUACAGCAGCUGAAGAAAGAGCACACAAAUGUCCAGCAACUUUUAACGCAAACUGAGAGGAAUUACUUCGAGACCAAGAUUAAAUUAGACCGAGUGUCAGGAGAAAAGCAAGUUCUCCUGGAAGAAAACAAAGGACUGGAAAAUGAGAGAAACACAUUACGGAACAAAUUUAAGGAACUGACAGAGGAAAAUGUGAAGAUUAUGGAAAAGGAGGUGAACUCCAGACGUAGAGCUCUGGUUGCUGAAGAACACAGUGAGAGAGCCAAAAAAGCCCAGCAAGAUGCCGAGCAGGAAAGAAAUCUAGCCGAGAGAGAAAAGGAAGAUCGCACCAGGGAGUGUCUUUCCUGGAGAGACAAACAUCAGGCUCUGGCAGAAAUCAUCAGGGCUCAGGAGGAACUGAAGUCUCAGAGGCAAACCAAAGCAUGCCAAGCUAACAUUAAGAGCUACUUCCUGUGUAUGACUGAGAGCAACCAGAGGGUUAAGCUUCUAAAAAAUCAAGAUGGCACACCAAGGAACUUCACAGAAGGAGAUCCUGUGUACAUUUCCACACCUGAUCCCAGCAGUGAGGAUUCAGACAGGAGCUCAGGGAGCAGAACAAUGUUUAGAGUGGCUGCACCUCGGGUUGGAAGGGACACAGGACCAGCCCAUUUCAGUGAACUGUCACCAAUGGGAGAUUCCCAUGACUCUGGGUUUCAAAGGAGAAGCAGAAAGGUUGAAUAUUUCUGGAUCCCCACUGAUGAGGAAUAAUUUAUCAGAAUGCAGAAUUAAAGUUAAACAAAAAGCCUCCUGCCAUAUUUUGUUUGCUCUACCUUAAAAUAUUUUUUCAAAUUUAAAAGGCGGUCCUUAUAUAUAAAAUUCUUAGCAUCUCACAAAAACGGACAAGUUAAUAUACUGAUCAAGUAUUUUCUUUAUUGUAAAUUCAGCAAUAGUGGUGAUGAAUACAGCAAAAUAUGCUUUACAAUGUCAUGAUCACAAGCCAUUUAAUUUCUUACAACUGGAUUGCCGUU